UAAUUUUUAUUCAAAUUGUAAAUUUUUCCUCGAUUUUAUAUUUCACUACUUGUAUUCACUAAAUACUGUAAAACCAAAAUGUCGGACACCCCACCAGAACGUAAUUCGAAUUCAAAAUCGAAUCUUAUUGAAGUCCAGCAUGUGGGUGUAACAGCUAAGCUGCAAUCUCCCCUGAAAAGUCUAAUGUUAAGCUAUAGUUCCUCAACUGAUUCGGAAAACAAUCAGAUACUUUAUCGUGGCGAACAUCAUAGUAAUACGAAAUAUAAUAAGUUUCUAAACGAAAUAACAAAUGGCUCGGAUACGACCAUAACAGAGAAUUCAAAAAUUCUAUAUGAAAUGACCGCUGUAACUAAAGAAAUGAAAAGGAAGUCCAAAAAUAACUUGACUCCUUCGAAAAUAGAAUUUCAAUUGUAUACCAAACCUAAGAAGAGAUUGCAAAGGAAUAAGGGAAAUGAGAAUAAGAAACUAAAAAGACAACUAUUUGAGGAUAAAGUGGAGAAUAAAGAAAAGAAUGUGGUUAAAAAAGAAAACACAAUAUUUCAACGUUUAAAAUUUUCUCUAAAGAAAAUGAAAGAUUCCAAAAAGGUGGAACAACAACCAGAGGUAGAUAAAAUUUUCGCUGAUUUGCCGGAACCAGAGUUAUUGCCUCAUAAUCUUAACUCUAACAAUGAUAUCAAAAUAGGCAUUUACCCUUUUGAACAUGGCUGCGCUGAUUAUUUGAAAACCCACGAUUGUCCACCACAAAUUUACUCCUUAAUAUUGGCGGAAAGGGCCACACAUUAUGCCACCCGCUUUUGGGCUGAAUUCUUUGGUAGUCUACAAAUUGCUGUAGUUUUUAUAGUGACCUUUCUCCUGCAAACUUAUCGCUUUGUUUUAUGUUCUGUAAUUAAUAUUCUAUUGGUGGAAUUUCUACACAUGACUUCGGAUUAUUUGGUGAAACCUUUACUUACUGUAAUUUUUAAUGGUUUUCUUCAACCACCCUUGAUAUUUUGUUUUAAUAUAUUGUCAUCGUUACGUGAUAUUUUGGAACCUAUAGCCGAUACCUUGAAUAAUUUUAUGAAACCUGCAGCCACAGUGGGUCGUAGUAUACGUUUGGUUCAUGUCACGUAUAAUAAAAGAAUAUUGCAAAAAUGUUUAAUUAUAUUUGUGGUUAUCGAUUCAUGUUAAUUAUUUAUUUAAUAAAAGAAGUUCUUUAAAA